UGGAAGUUCUGUAAUAGAAGUGGGCUGCCUUACUAAAUUUCUAUGCUACACGAUCGUUGAUAGAGAAAGAAAGCUCUCAGCUUUAUUAAUAAUCUUAUUUUUCAUCAAUGUUGCUGCUGCUCCUCCUUUUGGUUUCUCGCGUUAUCUGCUUGUAGAGACGAGGAAGCUAAGCCCUAGCCAAAUAAAAAAUGAGUCACACGACGGCGGUUGAUGAUCCUGGCCAGAUUAAACGUGCCCUUAUUGAUGCUUCUGCCGGCGCUAUCUCCGGUGCUGUUUCUCGCACCGUUACUUCUCCCCUUGAUGUCAUUAAGAUUAGGUUUCAGGUUCAACUAGAACCGACAACUUCAUGGUCUGUGGUCAGGGGAAACUUGUCUGGAGCAUCCAAGUAUACUGGAAUGUUUCAGGCAACUAAAGACAUAUUUAGAGAAGAAGGUUUCCGGGGUUUUUGGCGUGGGAAUGUGCCAGCUUUGCUUAUGGUCAUGCCAUAUACUUCAAUUCAAUUUACAGUUCUACAUAAGUUGAAAUCUUUUGCAUCUGGCUCUACUAAAACAGAGGAUCAUAUACAUUUGAGCCCUUAUCUAUCCUUCCUCAGUGGAGCUUUAGCAGGAUGUGCUGCUACACUAGGAUCUUAUCCUUUUGAUCUUCUUAGGACAAUACUAGCCUCACAAGGGGAGCCUAAGGUGUAUCCAACAAUGAGGUCUGCAUUUGUUGAUAUAAUCAAAUCCCGAGGCGUUAGAGGAUUGUAUAAUGGAUUAACACCAACACUUGUUGAAAUUGUGCCUUACGCUGGCCUUCAAUUUGGCACUUAUGACAUGUUUAAGCGCUGGAUGAUGGACUGGAACAGGUACAUGUUAUCCUCUAAAGACCAAACAAACGUGGACACAAACCUUUCUAGCUUCCAGCUUUUUGUUUGUGGGCUUGGAGCUGGCACUAGCGCUAAACUCGUCUGCCAUCCUCUUGAUGUGGUUAAAAAGCGUUUUCAGAUUGAAGGUUUACAGAGACAUCCGAGAUAUGGAGCUAGACUAGAGCAACGUGCAUAUAGAAACAUGUUAGAUGGUCUAAAACAGAUUAUGAUGUCUGAAGGGUGGCAUGGUCUGUACAAAGGCAUUGUGCCAUCAACUGUGAAAGCUGCUCCUGCUGGUGCUGUUACCUUUGUGGCAUAUGAGUUUACCUCUGACUGGUUGGAAUCAAUUUCUUGGUAGAGAUUUUACACUCUUUUUUAACAUCUUACAUUUUUUUUUUAUUUCUCUAGCGUUUCGGUUUCUUAUAAGCUUGUUUGCCCUAUUCAACAGAAUCAUAUGACCAUUGGUUAUUGUGGGAGUUAUACGGGUUAACAUCGAGUGUAGCCGAUUUUGUAGAGUGAGAUUGUUUAAACUGUGUAGCGAAUCCAAGUUAUCAUGUUCCAGCACAUGUUUCUCAAAAUAGGGAAAAAUACUAUGGAUCUUUUCAACUAUUUGAUAAUACAGUUGUUGAAUUUGACAAGAUUUUUUUAUCAUUUCUUACAAAUUUAAUAUAGAAAUAGAUAUAUUACCUUACUUACAUAUCUCCUUUUUAUUAUAUACAAAUACUUUCUGAA